AUGACAUCCAUGGAGGAAAGUGCGAAACGGGGCCAGGUGCAGCAUCUCUUGCACGAUGCGGUGCCAGACCUCGAGGCUUUCUUCCGCAAAGCUGGUCGACUGGUGGUAGCUGUAAGGAAACAUCAUCGCCCAUUCUCAAGUAAUGAGAUCGUCGACCUGCAAGACUGGGUUUGGGUGAAAGCGCAUGGUAAAGUUCCCAUCUCCAAGAUAGUCGACGCCUACAAAAACCAAUGCGCUGUCGGCGACGAGACUGAUAUAUCGCUGAGAAUGGCCGACUCCACCACUCCUACACCUGCCACCACCAUGUCGGCGCUGCCAACACAAGACCGCCUUCUGGUCCUCACGGCCGCCGUUCGCGAGCCGGAUCCACCAUCUUCACAAGCAGCUUCUUCUGCUGCGCCCUCAUUCAACUCCGCUAUGUCCAACAGCCCGAGACCACCCUUGCACGAGGUCAACCGCCAAUUGACAACGCCAUCCUCUCGUUCGCCUGUGCCCGCCAUGAAGCUGAAUGCAGCAGCAAUGUCCAACCAGCCAGCUGCCAGCUACAAUGCCCCUCCCAAUCAUCUGGACCGCGUGCCACACCCUUCGGCCACGUCUAUCAAGGCCGAGCAAUCGGAGAAUGUCGACCCUCUCCCUCCUACCUACCGAGGGCACCCACUGGCAUCGCCAACCUCCGUCACUGCUGGUCAGGCUGCCAUACCCGCUGCUCAGCCCAAAGAAGAGCCGGAAGAGGAGACCCAGGCGUACGCUCCACGAGAGCAAGACAACCCUUUCGCAGCCUCCCAAGAGAGCGAGCCGGAGCAACAUGCACCUUGCGGCCAGUUCCUUCAGCAGUUGAGUAAUGAGACGACACCAGAGCGACUUGAAGCUGGCGUUGCAGCAGGCUUGAAGGCACUUUCCGAGCUUGAGCUUCCUCUCAAAGAGCUUGCGGCGAAUGAAGACGCCACCAAUUGGUUGAAACAAAUUGACACCGUUCGUAAGGAUGCAGCUCGAACGCGUACGGUCAUUGGUGUUGUCGGCAAUACAGGUGCUGGGAAGUCCAGUGUGAUCAACGCUAUGCUCGAAGAAGAACGCCUUGUGCCCACAAACUGCAUGCGUGCGUGUACAGCAGUCGUCACAGAGAUGUCAUAUAAUGACUCCCCAAAUCCAAGGAUGAAGUAUCGAGCUGAAAUCGAGUUCAUUCGUCCUGAAGACUGGCAAAAAGAGCUUCACAUCCUCUACAAAGAGAUCAUCGACGAGUCCGGAAACAUUUCGCGCGAGAUAUCGAACCCGGAAUCUGAUGCAGGUGUUGCUUACGCCAAGAUUCGUGCAGUGUAUCACAAGCUCACAAAGGACGAUCUUACUCGCACCAAUCCUCACGCCCUCAUGACCCACAAGCAUGUUAAGAAUGUGCUCGGUCAGAGUCGCAAGAUAUACGAAUCUGAUGCAAGUGCCUUUUAUAAGCGCCUCCAGCAAUACGUUGACUCGAAAGAGAAGGGAACAGAGAAGCUCGACAAGAACGGCAACGUGGCAUCGAACCAGGGCAAGCGCAAAUUUGAACUAUGGCCACUAAUCAAGGUUGUCAAGAUCUACACCAGAGCCGAUGCAUUGUCUACCGGCGCCGUCAUUGUCGAUCUACCCGGUGUACAUGACAUGAACGCUGCCCGAGCAGCCGUCGCCGAGGGUUACAUGAAAGAGUGUACCGGUCUGUGGAUUCUGGCACCAAUCAACCGUGCAGUCGACGACAAAGCAGCAAAGACUCUCCUGGGUAACACCUUCAAGCGUCAGCUCAAGUUCGAUGGAACAUACAACGCCGUCACGUUCAUCUGUAGCAAGACAGACGAUAUUUCACGUACGGAAGCCUUUGACAGUCUGGGGAUUGACACAACGGAGCUUGACACCAAGAUGGACGAGAUAGUGUCGCAGCGUCGAGAGAUCAAGAAGCAGUUGAGAGCAGCUGUUGAGAAGAAAAGCAACCACGACGAUGCCAUGGAGGACAUUGAUGACAAGAUCGAAUCGUGGGAGAACCUGGCUGAUGAAGUUGGAGACGGUAAGACCGUGUACGCCCCAACGAACAAGAAGCGCAAGAGAUCUUCCGCUGGUGGCGCCAAGAAGCGUCGACGUCGAGCUGUAGACUCCGAUGACGAUUCAGACAACAAGAGCGACGACGCACAAUCGGAGGCACAGCCAGAGGAGGGGUUGUCGAGCGAGCCUUUGACCGAAGAGGUCGUGACAGCGAAGCUAGAUGAGUUGAAACAGCUCAAGAAGGACAUGCGACGGGAGAAGCGCACCUUAGAUGAUCGCAUCACCGAGCUGGAAGACGAAUUGGACGGCCUCCAGGUGAAGGAAGACGAAGUUGAUGCAGAGCUCAGCGCCAGGUGCAUCAAAGGCAGGAACGACUAUUCCCGAGGCGCCAUUCAGCAAGACUUCGCGGCCGGGAUCCGUGACCUUGACCAGGAGGCGGCGGCUGAUGAGGACCCGGACAACUUCAAUCCAGACGAAGACAUUCGAGACUACGACCAAGUCGCAAGAGGCCUCUCUGUGUUCUGUGUCAGCAGUCGCGCGUAUCAGAAGCUCUGCGGCCGGCUGAAGAAAGAUAAUGCCGUUGCCGGCUUCACUCACAAAGACGUGACCGAAAUACCGAAACUUCAAGCUCACUGCAAGGCACUCACAGUAGGAGGUCGAAACGCCGGGUGCCGACGGUUCCUCAAUAGCCUCACGAGCCUAAUAACCUCGCUGGCCCUCUGGGCAUCGGAUGACGGAACCGGUGUCAAGUUGACCUCUCAGCAACGCGACGCCGAAAAGGCCUUCCUCAGCCGCAAGCUGAAGGAUCUCGAAAAGGCUCUCGACAAGGUUGUCACGGUCACGUUGGAAGAUGUUGUCGAGAACCUACACGAACAGCUAUUCGACAAGAUGGACCCUGCUGUGCAAUCUGCCGUUGAUGGUGCUCAAGCGACCUCCGCUGGCUGGGGUGCCCAUAAGAACGAUGGUGGCCUGCAUUACAUGACUUACAAAGCGACUGUGCGUCGUGACGGCGUCUAUGCCGGCGCCAAGGGUCAUCGCGACUUCAACAGCGAAUUGACUGAACCGCUUCUCAAGCAACUGGCCUCGGCCUGGGAGAAAGCCUUCCAGCGUCGAUUGCCGCACAUCUUACAGACGUUCAAGAGAUCUGCGACCACAGUCCUCAAGCAAUUCCACAGUGCUGUAGAGGCUCGUACCCGAGAGAAAGGACACGGCUUGGCCAGAAUCGCCAUGCUUGGAACUCAGCUCGAUGCGUACUCCGCGAUCUUCGGAGAUCUCGCUCAAGCCGCAGUUGAUAGUAUCACUGAGGGUCAGAGGGAGAUCAAUCGCGAGUUCACGCCAGCGAUCGCACAGGCCAUGAACCCAGCGUACGAGUACUGCACGAAUGAAGCAGGCAGGGGCAGCUACGCAAGGAUGAAAGCCGGAAUGGCUGCUCAUGUUGAAACAGAGAAAAGCCUCAUGUUCGACAGCGCUGCCAAAGGCGUUCGCCAAAGCUUACUGACUCUGUGCGAGUCAGUGAAGAAGACUAUGCUCGACAAAGCGGAUGGCGUGUUUGUGCGGAUGCAGAAGGACUACUUGACACUGGUUGGCGUCCACAAGGGCGACAUGAAGAUGUCUCGUGAGGAGCGCCAGCUUCGACUCAAAGUCGAUGAGGCCAUUGCCGACCUCGAUGGGCUCUUCCAGGACGUUCUAGAGGCGGAGCUCGACCAGUUGAAAGAGGACCAUGCUGCUGGCAACGUCAAAUCAGAGACCGAAGGUGUUGAUGCAACAAGGGCCGAAGACGAAGUGACGAACGAUGAUGAAGAGGAUCUCGAUCUCGAUGACACUGACAGCGAGGGUGAAGGCGAAGAUGCUGCCUCGGACGCUGAGGACUCCGAUCCUCCUAGCCCAACGAACAGCAACGACCCAGGUGAUGAUCAGGACAUCUAA